AUGGAAUGUUUUCGGCAGAUGUUUCGGUGCCUCAAGGCGCCGUUCACACGCAGGGAGGAAAGGGGGAUUGAAAUCGGGCCCCCAACCAAUUUUCGAAAGGAAGAGCUACCUGCCUGUUUCUCAGAUGCAGAGUCAGUCAUAUCGCCCAGUCAAAAUGCAACCGAGCGACCUAUUCUGACCAAGAAUCUACAGCACGUUGAUGUCGCAAGACAGUCGGGGAGCGAUAAUGGUGAAGAGCGGGACGAUGAUCGAGAUGAUGGAUCUCCUGCCAUCGGCGGCGGACAAGAUUCGGACUCAUGUACAUGCAAUGAGCAUCCGAACAGCAAGCCCCGUAUCCUCGAACGUUUAAGGUUGAACCGGUGGUUUCGAUCGGUUCAACGAGACGACCAUGGCCAGGACCAUGAAAUAUAG